GGCUAAAAAAUUUAAGUGCACAUUUUAAAGUAAUAGUUUACCAAUUCCAGUAGUUUGCUGUGCUCGUACUUUCCAGUUUUGCGUAUGAUCUCCCUUUGGAGAAAUCUUCUACGUGGAGGCGAUGUAUUUAUUUCUGUUAUGAACUGAGUUGAAAGAUUAUGAAAUUUGAUUGUCGGCCUAUUAGUUUCUUAGUUAUUGCGAAUUUUUCAAGGUGAGUCAUAACUAUAACCCUGCAUGGUUAGAGUUGAAGAUCCUUUUAGAUAAAUGGACUUUAUGGUUUGUCUUGGUUUUGUCUGUACAUAGCAUAUAACACAAUAGCACAAUUCUAGGGCCAACAACUUGUAAGUUACACGGGGUAUACCCACGACAAAUGGCAAGCCCGGCGUGGGGAGCUCUCGGCUGAUGGGGGACGUCGACCACAAACUCGUCACUGUAGAGGAAGACGAUGAGGAUAAAUACGACAAGGACGAUGAAAGCGAAACUGUGAAGAUGGAACUUAAUCCAGUGGAAAGAAAGGACGACCCCCCUAGCCGACGAGCCAGCGUAACAUGGGGAGCAGUGGUGGAGGCCUCUCCCCCGGAGCCUAAGCCAGAGCCCCAGCCAGAAGGACAAGAGGCUGGCCCUGAUGAGGAAGGCGAUGACGCAGUGUCUUUGGUAGACUCUCACCAUAACAGCACUCAGAGUGACGAAGAAGCCUCACCAAAGACCAAGCAGAAGAAACGGCGCAGACCUACGCUGCCCAAAUUAUUUUUCCCCGGGCUACGCAAGGACAGCAUUGCCAUAUAUAAAGCGUCCAAACUUUUGCAAAACUCUGAAGAUCUAAAGACUCCUAAUGGAGACUCGGGUUUCGGGCCUGAAGAUGAGGAGGACGACCUAUCUGAUGACGAUCACCAGGAGUUCCCCGCCAUUACCCUACCCCAUACCCCGGUUUCACCCGCCCCCUCCAUACUUAGGAGACGCUCGAGCAAGCUACGUAUGGAAAAGCCCGUUAAGGACAGUUUCUUCACGGUGCUCAGUGGCCUGUAUGCCAUGCUUGUGGUCACCCUGGGCGGAGUGCUGCCAAUUGCUGAGGUGUUCGCCCAUAAGGAUCACGCUGUGUACUUUGAGCUGUUCUACUUGUACGUGUACGGCUUGAGUAUCGUCUUCCUCAUUUAUGUAUACGUGUAUCUCCUGGGUAAUCGGAAGAUACCUUUUCGUCCGUUCUUGAGGAGAGAAGACAGCACAUCUUCCCAGAAGAAACGACUGAAGAAACGCAAGGUAUCAGUGGACGAAGUAGAUAGUCACACCGGCAGCUUUUAUCUACGUCUCGGAGCACUAGCAUUCGGGAUUGGCUCGAUGAUCCACAACGGCCUACAAUUUGGAGAGUAUUUUGACAAUGUCUGCGAGAGUGGAGUGUACGCAGCCCGGCCCAUUCUUCACCUCAUGUUCACAUUUGUACAGCUUUAUUUUGUCUUCAUGAAUUCCAAGAUGUGCAUCAACCGUUACAAGACCAUAGCUCGGUUUGGUCUGAUGCACAUGGUGGCCACAAACAUUUGCGUGUGGCUGGAUACCAUAGUAACAGAGACACUUCACCAAAUCCACAGCCAUGCCCAUAGCAACGAGACCCAUCAAUCUCACGGAGGCCACGCCCAGCCACACGACCCGGGCCACCACAGCCACAAGAAUGCUCCAAACAUUGUGAUGUUGAAUAACACAGCAUCAAGUCACGAAAACUCGCUGACUGCACACGUCAUAAAUGAAAUAAGCACUACGAUGUCAACUGUCAUAAACCAUACCGUACUUCGUAUCUCCGAUCCCACAAAGCACCAUGACACCACCGCACACGUGCACCACACAGAAGAGUCACACGAAGGGUCAAGUUGCGAGGCAAAUAGUCUGAUGAGCAGUAUUGUGGAGACUGCGGGACCAUACCUGUAUCCCUGUACCAUCGAGUACAGUUUGAUAUGUGCGGGUAUUGUCUAUACCCUGUGGGGGAACAUAGGGAAGAGAGUUAUGGCGUAUAAACCCGCCGAUGGCGAAGAGGAGGAGGGUACAAAGCUACAUCGUAUGAGCGUGGACUGUUCUAAUUCGAGUAGAGGACUCUUCUUGGGAAUUAUCGUCUUGGUAGGAACUGUGAUCACCAUGGUGAUGUUCUUUGUGCUCAUAGAGACGCGCAGCCAUUACGAGAGUGGCAUAUUGGUGGAGUCCCUCACAGAAAUCUUUCUGUACUUAUUCUCUGUCGUCGCCGUACUGCUGGCGGCAUUCAGGAUGCGCACGCUUCGGUUUAAUUCCACCCGCGACACUGACUUUGAGGAGAUUCUUAUCCUGAUUUCUCUGGCAGGUGAGUUCAUGUUUGACCUCCUCUGUAUCACAGCCGCCUGGUUCGAGAAGAACAUUUACGGCAGCGGACUGAGCAUAGUGGCUAAGGUGCUGGGAUUGUUACAAUCCAGUGUCCAGACUAUAUUUGUGCUGAACGGUUUAAGACGCUGUGCGCGAACGGUGGAGCAAGAACGACGUAAGAUGGGUCGAGAGUUUGUGACUUUUCUGCUGAUAUCUAACAUCUCCAUGUGGGGAGUGAAUACGUUCGCCUUGCAGCGAAGCGUGGCCAAUCCUGUCCAGUUACAUUUCUAUGGCGCUCUAUCCUGGAACAUUCUUACUCAUAUAUCCAUUCCACUGGCAAUUUUCUUCCGUUUUCAUUCCACUGUGUGCUUGUCCAAUGUUUGGAAACGGGCCUGGAAAGGUCUAUAGCGGUUUUUUGAGUUUAUAUCAACAAAUUGACUGUGUAUAUAGUUCUACGAACACAUUUCAAAAGCUAGUCAGUUGCAUAUCUGAUUCACACAUUUAUUAAAUUACAUUAAAUAUAACGCGCGUGUAAGUAUUUAACAUCUGAUGCAACGAUUGGCAUAUCUUAAUCAGACCAGAUUGUAUAGAUACACGUAUGUCCUAAUUCUUUACCCACCAUGACAAUCGCUGUGCCCUACCUCUUCAGGAUUCCAAGGCGGAGCUUGUAUCUCGGGGAAAAGAAAUUAUGGAAAUCCCCGAAUUGUUCAAAUUGCUCAUGAAACUUUGGCUAGUGUUGAAGAUGUAAGUGUCCGUCAAGAAACAGAAAAUGUCAAAAAAGGGUUUAGCUUCACAUUAAUCAGGAAAUGCUGUCACAAUGUUAAACAUGAUAUCGUUACUUUUAACAAU